GAACUUGUUCGACUGGUGUGCGUAUUGGUCUGGCUCCUCUUUGCUUUCUCUUUUCUCCUUCUGCUUCUUCUUCUUCUUCUUCCCGACUUGAAGGAUUCGCCUUUGCAUCCUUGCAAGUUUGCUUCUUUUCCUUUAUUUCUUUCAACCUCAUCUUCUUAGAAACCUCUCCAAUCUUCCAUCUCCAUCUCGUCCAAGUAGGCUCUCGGUAAAAGUGACCGUGUAUAAGAGAAGGCGAGGCAUCGACACAGCCAUGGAAGCCAACAAGUUUGCUCUUUUCUUGCACCGGAACACCCACAAGAUGACGACGGUACUGGUUUACGCUGUCCUGGAGUGGACGCUGAUCGUGCUCCUCCUCCUUAACGGUCUCUUCGCCUACCUCAUCGUCCGUUUCGCUGCCUUCUUUCGUCUCCAACCGCCUUGCGUAUUCUGCUCCCGGGUCGACCGCCUCUUUGAGAAAGACGACGCUGGGCGGCGGACCGCCUGCCGCGACCUCGUGUGCUCGGACCACGCUGCCGAGGUUUCGGGGUUGGGAUACUGUGAACGCCACCGGAGGCUCGCGGAGGUCGGGGAGAUGUGCGAGGAUUGCUGCCCGACGUCGUCGAGGUCAGCUGACGCUGCGGCCGUGCUAGCCUGGAUAAAGCGGAACGAGGAGGAGGAGAAGGAUCUGCGAUGCUCGUGCUGUGGUGUCGCCCUAGAGGGCAGGUUCCGCUCGCCCCACCUCUUCAAGCAGUCUCGGGGCCUGACGGAAUACGAACAGACAGGAGAUUUUAUUGAGCUUAUUUCGGUUGAUGGCCAACGAGACCUUGAAAAAGACGCCACUGUGUGUGGUGAAAAGUUGGAAGAGUGGAGGUUGGUCUCUCCGCAUCUAGCAGACAGAUUUACUAGAGAGGAAGAGAUGGAAAAGAAUGAAGAAUAUGUGGGCGGAGGGGACGCGAUAACUGCUCUCGAUUCCAUGAAAGCUGGGGAAGAAGAAUCUUCCCUUAUCCAGUUAUCUGAUGCCUGCCUUUUGGUGGAUGACCCUUCUGAAGAAGUCGUCAUUUCCACUCCGAUGUGCAUAUGCGCUGAGGAGGAUCGGUUGGUCCCGGUCGAACUGAUUGAUUCUACGACCAAGAUCCCUCUUAAAUCUGUUCUUGAUAAAGACGAACAGAAGCAGCUUGAUGAUGUAGAAGCAGAAGAGAAAAGGUUUGUGGCUUCUGAUCUCGAUGUUUGGAAGAUUACAGAGAAGGAAAGUGUAUUGAUUUCAGCCGAUGGGAAUUCAGUCAUCAUUCAAGGGAAAGCAUCACAAGUUUGUAAUGCUGAUACUCUUGAUACACGGAGCAUUCCUCAAGAACAAAAGGCAUUGAUCUCCAAGGAAAUGAAUGAAAGUAGUGAGAAUACUUAUUCAGACAUGGGUGAAAAUCAACAAUGCUCCAUAUCUCUUGAUAAAAGAAGCAUCUCAGAGGAGGAAAAGACAUUGCCCUCUGCAGAAGAGAGUUCUGGAAGCAUUGAAGUCGACAUUUUUGUGGUGAUGGCUGAAGCUAUUGAAGGAAUUUCAGAAGAGAUCAAUGGAGCUGAACACUGUUUCAUAACUCAUGAUAUAGGAAAUAUCUCAGAAGAAGAGAAGGUAACAACGAUUAUUACACUUGAAGAUGUCGAUGUUCAAGCCAAAAUAGUAACGAAUGAGAAAGAUCUUUCUGGAACUAAAGAUGCUAAUUGUGACGUAUCUAGUGGGAGUGCGAUAUAUGACAGCCAACACUUUGAAGACGAACAUCUUCAGAUACCAAUUUUACUUUCAAAAAGCAUGCAAGAUCAAGACAUUUUGAACAAUAAUGAGAAGAAUACUAUGGAACCAGGCCAUAUAUCUGUAUCUUCAGAAAACAAUGAAAUUGAAGAGGAGAGAGCACCUGAGACACCAACUUAUAUUGAUGGUAUAUAUGGCAUGAAUAAGAGAUUCUUGAUCGGUAGAAGAGAACUAGGGACAGAGUCUACUGAUGGAAGUGUUACUAGUGAGUUUGAAGGAUGGGAUACAUUGAAUGUAGAUCAGCUUAAAGCUUCUCUACAAGCAGAACGAAAGACCCUGAGUACAUUGUAUGCUGAGCUUGAGGAAGAGAGAAGUGCAGCUGCCAUUGCUGCUAACCAAACUAUGGCAAUGAUAACAAGGCUUCAAGAAGAGAAAGCUGCUAUGCAGAUGGAAGCGUUGCAAUAUCAGCGGAUGAUGGAGGAGCAAUCAGAGUAUGACCAGGAAGCUUUGCAUCUUCUAAAUGAGAUGAUGAUGAAGAGGGAAAAGGAGAAACAAGAGUUAGAGAAGGAACUUGAAAUAUAUAAAAGGAAAGUGCUUUGUUAUGAAGUGAAGGAGAGGAGACAAAUAGGAAACCAUGUCAAUGGAAGGUAUGGAGCAUCUUCUGUCUCUUCAACUGCUCAAGACAGUGAUGAUCUCUCGUUUGAAACCCAUGAAAGAGAUGAGUUAGUCGAUGACCCUGAUGAAAACCAUCAAAGUAUUCCUGCUGAUGAUUUAUUAAGCUCAGGAACAGAUCAAGGCACCACAAAGCACCUACUCAUCCUUAAUGAAUCAUUGGCUGAUUUUGAGGAAGAGAGGCUGUCUAUUCUUGAGCAACUUAGGGAAUUGGAAAAGAAGCUUAUUACAAUGGACGAUGAAGAUCCCCAAAAUUCAGAAUCUAUAAUGGAAGGUGACAUGCAUGAUUACAUGAAUGGUUUUUCAAACAAUUUAGAAGCUGGCAGAAAGCUGCAAGGUGAAACGAGGAGCAUGGGUUGUCAAGGAAAGAAGCUGCUUCCUCUCUUUGAUGCAUUGAGUGAUGAAAAUGAAGAUGAUGUAUGCACUAAGGAUAGCACAGUUGACGGUGCACCUGAAACACUUUCAAAUCCUUUAGGAGAUCAACAGAAUCUUGCAAUUGUCGAAGAAGUUGACAACCUUUAUGAUAGGCUAGAUGCUCUUGAGGGCGACAGAGACUUCCUCAAGCAUUGUAUCAAUUCCUUGAAUAAAGGAGACAAAGGAAUUCAUCUCCUUCAAGAAAUUUUAGAACAUCUUCAUGAUCUACGGAGUAUGGAACUUCGAGCCACAAACUCAUUCAACGUUCUUGCUUCAUCACCUUAGCGUAAACAUAAGGAACAUAAGAUGGACGAAACAUUACUUGAGUUGAAGGGCAGUUUCAAAUUCGCUUGCAAUGAUGACCACAGUAAUUAAAUGUGCUUGCAAGUCAGUUGGUAUACCAUUACCAUGUGAAAAUGAGCUCCUGGUUCUGUGUUUUGGUGGUUGCUUAAGAGUGUUUCAAAACAGUCUUUUGAUGGAACCUACUUCCUGGCCAGGUUUUUGUAGGGUCCUUCUCUUGUUUCAUUUCUUUUUGUUGUUGUUGGGGUCCAUCACUUUUUCUGUGGGGGGAAGGAGAAGGGAGGCAUGGAAGGGUGGUUGGGCAGCCACCCAGUCUGAUUGUGGCAGAAAUCAUGGCAUUAAAGCUGUAGGAUGUCAUAUAUUCUGGUGCCUGCUGUAUGCAGCAUGAAAGUAAAGAGAAAGUAAGGUGAGUGGAGCUCCUUUCUUAAUCUUCUUUUACUUCAUUCCUCAAUAGUGGGGAAGUGGUAGUUGUAUAUGAUCCUAUGUGUUUGCAUAUGUUUAAUAGUUUUGUAUGUUUGAUCAUUACAAUAUUUAAUCUCUCAAGCA